AUGCGGCGGCUGCUCACAACACCAGUGUUUCAUAUCUGGGUUGCUGCGCUCAGCGCAGCUGUUUGUUCUACUUCCGCGGACGCCACUGCGUUGACCGAGGCAAAUGGUAAACCCGAUUUACAAGCUCCCACCGAUGGAACGCCUGCUUUAGAGGUGAAUAUUCUCACUGGCUUUUUCAAGGCAGCUGCAUUGCCUUUGCAAACGAUCCGUCACGUGAGCCAAUGUCCGUACGGUCUCGCUUUGCUCGUUCCCAUAGCAGCUGUGAUCUUCCUCGUCUUCUUCUGCGCCAUGAGCUUGAAGGGACCAAAAACCCUUCUUGCACACGGGCGAGUUAGGAGCUUAGCAGCUGGAGGGGCUGAUCCCUGCGAGCUACCCGAAGGGGACAAGGACCAGCACCCACCCAGUGUCUCAUCCUCCUCUCCGUAUCGUCUGCAGCUUCAUGCGUUACAGCCCUCAUCAAAAGAUGCGUCAUGCUUAAAUCGUAAGGAGCAAUAUUCCGUGAAGCUUGCCUGCCACCAACUGAAGAAUACGUUGAAGGGCCUUGACCAGCUCGAAACUAAGCUGAAGACGCUGAAAAGUUCAUGUCGGUCACUGGCUGAGCAGCUGCAAACGUUGGGGUCUGCUACUGCUGAAGAAAAUUUUGAUAGCAGAUCUAUUGAAAAACUCUUAAAAGAGCACCACGAGGAACUACUACAAACAGAGAAGCAUCUGGGUGAAGAAAGGGCGAGGCUCUCUCGUCUUGGGUGGACUACUAAACAAGAGGGGCUCUCUCUCCUGCUCAGAGCUAGAUUUUUCGUUCAAGGGAGGCACUUGACAGCAGCUGCAGGCCGUGCUUUAGUCGCACGAGAUGUUAUUCUUGGAGAACAGGCGGCAGAGAUCAGCGUGCUUUCCGGGAAAGAUCAUUUUCUCAUACGCUUGUUUGUAAAGCAUGUUAACAGCGAGGCGAAGACCUGCCAAAUUUCAAUCGAAAAUGCAACACAAUCUACGGUUGACGUGAUGAUCCGCGCGAGACGGGCUCAACGGGAGCUGGAGGCGUUGGAAGCCCAGCUAAAUGUUUUGGGACUUACCGAGUUCGUGGAAACAGUUAAGCAGCACCAGCAUGAGCUGCAAACUGCCCUAGACAAGGAGGCGGCCAGGCGAAUUCCAAGUAUUUUAAGCCCAAGAGAGAGGAUAAGCGUGCCACCAACAACUGAUAGUGACGUUUUCGCUUCACGUCGCUCUGCGCGGUCUUCCACCACGCAACGCCAGCCCGUAGGCCUUCAGCACAGAGUUACAGUAGGUCGAUCUAGAUCCUUUAAACACGAGCGCCCUGCGCAGAUUGAUGUAUCUGCUUCAAUGGAACGCUGGUCUUCUAUGGACUACAUACAUUUGCACGAUAGUGAGCGGCAUUCACAUCACGGUGUGUCUUCAAUGAGACGGCCGUCUCUCAGAGGCCUCCACGAAAGUAUACAGAACAGCCGUGGCCGGACACGAUCUGGCCAACUUCUUGACUUCCAUUUCACGGGGGGAACAAGGGAGUCAAGGGCGCAGGUUUCGUCAGGGAAACACCGUGAUCUCACGCGAUCCUCAUCGUGGAAUUAUCCAGAAGGCUAUACAAUCCGUACAAGGUCAGAAGAACUGCUCUCCGCACACGCUCGUCAGUCAAGAGCCCGUACCUCACUGCAUCUUCCUUCCCACGCAGCUGCCGAAUACUUCCAACAUGUUUUUCCGACUCAAAGUGAACGUCCCACGCCUCGUGUGGCAUUCUAUGGCUCUCGGCAAACAUCUUCCAUUGAGCGUCUCCCUCCAAGGUCGCCUACCCAUACACCAUCAGCGCCUUUUCAACUCAUGCAGCGCUUUCCACACAAUCCUACUCCUGGUCACCCGCGCGCACCUUCUCGAGAGCUCAUCGAGCAACCUCGAGAGCAACACCGAGUCUCUUUUUCAGCUGAGGCACGUCCGCAGCCUAAGCAGCAGCUUGGGCAGCCAGUUCCAACUCCAAUUCCUGGAACAACCCUACAGAGUGGGGGAGGCUCACAGCACACAACAGUUGCAGACCCGCCAUCUUCCCUAACUACUCCUCAGUUAGAAUCCGCGGCGGAGCUUUCUCCCUCCUCCACUUCGUCUGGGAUGACCUCAGUGUCCCUCCAUGAACAGGUUUCUGUAACAGGCGCUGGCAGUUCUCCACGCACAGAGGCGCCAGAGACCGGUAACCGUGAAACGCCCUCAGCUUUUCCCCCCAAACCGUACUCACAUACAGUGGGAAGCAAUUCUGAAUCGGGAAAAGCAGCUGUUGAAAGUGGUCAAGUCACCCAACCAACCAUCAAGUCUUCCCUGUUGAAAGAUGAGCUCUCGGCCGAGGUUGUCUCGAGCAGCUUUCAUGAGCCUGAAGCUGCAUUGGGUACCAAAUCGCUCACCCCUUCCGAGAGUCCCUCUCCUUCUUCUGAGGUUCUUUCCUCUGGUCAGGAGAGCCCUUCUCGACGUCCUGUAGAAUCUUCGAACGUAGCUAGCGAGGCUGCUUCAGGAGGGGACAUUUCGCCGCCGCUCUCUCCUGCAGAAAGUCGCCAGUCACGUGGUCCGACGUUUUCAGUCACGUCUCUUAUCGCUUCAUCACAGGGGACAUUUCCCUUGAAGGGUAGUAGCUCUGAUCUGUCAGAAAUAAGAGAGCCUCCAGGCUCAGCGAAGCCCAGCUCUCGCACUCCUGAUGAAUUGCCUGAGGUUCCACUUGACAACGCUACCAUAACGAGUGCUGAAACAUCAUCUGGAAGUGGCCCGUCGCCAUUAGCAUCCGCACCCUGUAGUCAGCAGCCGCCAAGACUAGACUCUCUUUCAUCAGAAGAGCAACUUCAAGAGCCUCCACGCCAAGAUAUGCAGUUCGAGGAGGGUGCCCCGCCACCGGAUGGGCAAUCGCUUACAGAAGCAGAGUCGUCUGAUUCGCUUAGUCAAGCAACAUCUGAACAGGUGGCUGAGAUGACCCGAAAGUUGUGGGACUUUUCAAUGCCUGCUGAUGUCGUUGCAAGCUCACUGAAGUACGACGCAGCACUUUUGCCUAUUGCAGGAGGACUGUUCACUGAAGGCCUAGAAUUAUUGAACGAGGUCGCACAAUUCUCUGUUGACUUCGAGAGGCACCCUAGGCUGGUGAUAGACUUUGAACUGUCGAGACACUAUUGCCGUCAUGUGUGUGCAAGCCUCCGCUACGGGUGCCAGCGCUGGAAGGAGGAGCUUGAAAAGCUUGUGGAAGCCGUGAAUUCAGCAGUGCAGUUAUCCAAAGAUUUUCGGCGAGAAUUCGAUGGAAAGUCUCCAAGCUUCUCCUUUCUGGAUCAAGCUGAAGUACUGUGGGCUCUUGUGAAGGCAACAAGGGGACUGAGCAAGCACAUGUCUAAGUUUGGAGCUUCUUUUUUAGACUCAAACGAGCUUUCACGGCUUCUUCACGAAGCUGACAGCGCGGCUUCUGCAGGGCAUACAGAGGUAUCAGAGGCAGCAGAGUUUUGUGCAGCUUCAUGGACAACGUUACUGCAGCACGAACAUAGCCCUGCAGCCUCGGGAUCACCUGUAGGGGAGGAAGAGUCAGAACUCCGUCACCGCCUACCCGAUGAAGCCAAAGAUUUCGCACAAGCGCCUUCAGUGGGAGAGGUACUAGUGGAAGGGCGCUUCCUUGUUGAACGUUUGAUUGCAUUAGUCGGUCCAAAGCAAGAAGUCAUGAAGCUGAGUGCCGCAGUAGAAGAAAGGGAAGCUGCCACCGAAUUCCGCUGA